CAUUUGAGACAUGUUAACAUUUAAGUAAGAGAGGGAGAGAGAGAGAGUCGCUCAGAGUGUAGAAAUCCUCAGAGCUUGAAUCAGUAGCUCUGGCCUGUCAACAGGUGGCAGAGGCAGAGAUUUGGUGAGUGACCUUCAGACUUUCAAAGAAAAGAGACAAACGGAAGAUAAAGGAGGGGGAAAUUUAACAAAUCAUAAAACGCAAUGAGCGCUGGACUCCUGUGGAGGGCCCUGUGCCUGCUGAUUAUACUUUGCACUGUGUCACACCAUGUGCGCUGYACAGACAACCAGCCAGAUUCCUCUGGCACAGAGCAGGGACUCACCUUCAGCCACAUCUAUAAGCUUGACAUCCCAGGAAGCUCUGGUUGCACCGUGGAGCAUCUGCCAACACACAAGACAGGUCUGCAGCAAGAUACCRUAACCAAUGGAGAAAAUGACAUCAUCUUUAAACAUAACAUUAGGCUGCAAACACCCAAGUGUGAUUGUGAGGAAUCAGAAAGCUUCAAAGACCUACUGUACAGAAUCAAUGGACUGGAAGAAGAAGUCACCUACCUAAAGACCCAGUGCACUCAAGGAUGCUGUGGAAGAGGAGGUGUUGCAGGUGUAGACACAAGCUGCAGUGGUCAUGGUACCUACCAGCAAGACACCUGCAGCUGCCUUUGUAACCCAGGAUGGGAAAGCCCUGACUGCUCCGUGUCCUCCUGCCCCGAUGAGUGCAACGACAAUGGCCGAUGUGUAGAUGGGAAAUGCGUAUGCUAUGAGGGUUACACAGGAGAAGACUGCAGCCAGCUGGCAUGUCCAGGCGACUGCAAUGAUAAGGGGCAGUGCAGAGAUGGAAAAUGUGUGUGUUUCCCUCAUUUUACCGGUGAAGACUGCAGUACCCCGACGUGUCCUAAUGACUGCGGUGGCAAUGGGCAGUGUGUGGAUGGUCAAUGUGUCUGUGAAGAAGGCUUCUAUGGAGAGGAUUGUUCUUUAGUCCUCACACCUCAGGGUCUGAGGUUGGUCCAAGUGACGGAUGUUUCUCUCCUGGUGGAGUGGGAGUCUGUCCAAGGGGCAGAGUAUUACAUGCUGACCUAUCAUCCUAAAUUUGAURAGGGUGCCAUGGAGGAGGUUCGGAUUUCCAACUCAGAGAAUUCCUACCGCAUUACGGGACUCACACCUGGUGUUACCUACGUUGUCCAAGUCUACGCUGUCAUCAAAAAGAUUCAGAGUGAAGCAGAUAUGAUUGAAGCCACCACGGAUGUCUCAACUGUUGAUGAUAUGCAAGUCAUUGGCCAGACAGAGGUUUCCAUCCAAGUGGACUGGAAGAACCCACAGGCAGAAGUGGAUUACUUCAGACUGACACAUACUGACCCAUCRGGACAGGAGGAGGAGCUGAACGUUCAGAGGAGUCAAGAAGCACGCACCAAGUACACUAUUGUGGGUCUAUAUCCCGGAACAGAGUAUCAAAUUUCUGUGCAGCCCAUCAAAGGGAACACCAAAGGAAAAGCUUCUUUCGCAACCGGUGUYACAGACAUCGAUGCACCAACAAACUUUGUCACUACUGAAGUAACUGAAGACACCGCAACCGUCUCCUGGGAUAAAGCCCAGGCGGAAAUCCAAGGCUACAUGUUGAGCUACACGUCUGCUGAAGGCUCCAGCUCGGACAUCUUUGUAGGGCGUGGCAGCACCUCCUACAGGCUGGUUGGUCUGAGGCCUGGGGUCGUCCACACGGUCUACAUCUGGGCCUUCAAGGGAGACAAAGUCAGUGGGAAGAGUUCAACUGAAGCCGAAACAGAGUUGGAUGCUCCUACUAACCUUUCAGUCGAAGAUGAGACAGACUCCAGCUUCAGAGUUUACUGGGAUCCCACCGAGGCACAAAUUGAUGGCUACAUGCUCGCCUAUAGCUCCUCUGAUGGGUCGAGGGAGGAAACCCCAGUUGGAUCUGAUAGCUCUUAUGCGCUCACUGGCCUUAGGCCAGGGGUCUUCUACACUGUCUAUGUCUGGGCUGUCAGGGGAAGCAAAGCCAGCAGGAAGACCUCAACACAAGCUGAGACAGAGCUGGACGCCCCAGCGAACCUCGUAGCUCACGAUGAAACCGAGUCCAGCUUCAGCCUUUCCUGGGAUCCAGUCCAGGCAGAAAUUGAUGGCUACAUCCUAACCUACACCUCCAUUGAUGGAUCUAGUAAAGAAAUCCCUUUGGGCCCCAACAGCACCUCUUAUUUGCUGACUGGUUUAAGGCCUGCAGUCCUCUACACUGUCUACAUCAAAGCCUCAAGGGGAGACAAAACCAGCAGGACAAUAUCCACACAAGCUGAGACAGAAAUCGACUCCCCUAAGGACCUAAAGGCUUCAGAUGUGACGCAGGAUUCAGCUUCCUUGACUUGGGUUCCUCCUCUGGCCGACAUUGAUGGCUAUAUCCUCACCUAUAGAGACGAAGAAGGAAAAUUACAGACUAUUGAAAAUAGGCUAGAUUCCAGGAAGAGACGCUUUGCUGCAUCCAAGCUGGAGAGGGGAAAGAGGUACAUUGUCACCAUUUACGCCUUUAGGGGCAGCAAAAGGAGUAAGGUGGUGGAGACUUUCUUCAAAACAGUUGCUCUGCUGUACCCCUUCCCUAUGGACUGUGGACAAAUAAUGAAGAACGGCAAUAAAAACAAUGGCGUCUAUACUGUCUACAUUAAUAAUAACCAAUCCAAGCCAAUACAGGUUUACUGUGACAUGACCACCGACGAAGGCGGUUGGCUGGUACUUCAGCGGCGUAACACUGGGAAUCUGGACUUCAUGAGACGCUGGAGGCAGUACAUAGCAGGCUUUGGCAACCUGACAGAGGAGUUCUGGAUUGGUUUGGAUAAGAUACACGAGCUAACCAACACUCCCACGCAGUACGAGAUCAGGUUCGACUUGGGCCUGGGCUCAGAUAGAGCGUACGCCAUUUACGACAACUUUAAGAUCGCUCCGGUCAGACAGAGAUUCAAGCUCACCAUUGGCAAAUACAGAGGGACAGCAGGUGAYGCCAUGACCUACCACCAAGGCCKGCCCUGGACCACCAUAGACUCGGAUAAUGAUCUUGCGUUAACUAACUGUGCCAGGACCCACAAAGGAGCUUGGUGGUAUGCAAACUGUCACUUGGCCAACCUUAAUGGUAAAUGGGGAGACAACGCACACAGUGUGGGAGUCAACUGGGAGCCAUGGAAAGGACAUCUAACAUCCCUGGACUUCACAGAGAUGAAGAUCCGACCCGUGGGAGCGUUGUCCAGCAGAAAGAGGCGAUCGCUGAUGGCCAGAGAGGGAAAAAGCAGAGUCUCAAGCGCCGACAACAAAUAGGAAAGCGGCCAAAAACUGCAACAGAAGCAGUCGGCACCAUCAACCUUUGAUCACACUAGAUUUUGGUGUUUCUGUACAAAUGUAGAUAGACCACACAAGGAUUUUGCAAACAUGUGUGAUUCAAAUAUUGUGUAAUUUUUGGAGAAAGACGAGCAUAACAUAAGCAACCAAAAACCUGUAGUAACUUAUUUCUUGUUUGUAAACAAAUCAGAAAGCCCCGGUUUAGUGUGAUUGUGGGGAAAAAAUGGUCARCAAGAAACUCGUUUGAAUGAAGUUGCAUGCUACGUGGAAGAACAUGUAUUUGUAGACAAUCAUGUUUUGCUGUUUUUUAGGCAACCUGACUAAAAACCAGAAAAAAAUAUGAUGCCAAAUAAAGUUUUCAUGUUAUCUCCUAUUAUUAUAUUAGUCUUAAACCUGUUUUAGAGUCAUAGUUACAUUCCAAUUUAAAUUAAAUCCUCAGAGAUAUAAUUCAAAUAUCCAACAUCCAAAUAAGCAGCGUUACUUGUGUGUUUAAUGAAUGGCUCAUUUGUCAGCUGCUGAAGCAUGUGCCCUUACUCUAUUGAUUAUGCUGCCACUGUGCGUCCAACACUGUCACAUCACAUAAGGCGGUAUGACACAAGCCAGAAAAUAACAACUGAUUGCAGCCUCGAAAAUCCAAAUUGCUCCUGCUUUACAUUCAUAUGACGGGGGACAGCUCGUAUCAAUCAAUGUGACGGGUCCCCAUCAGACGUCAAUAACAAUGACAUUUGUUUGUGCCGCUCUCGAAAACCGAAUGACCAAACUCCCGUUUUUAAUCUGGAAAGCUGACAGAUGCUAUUAAUGUUGCGCUGGCUCCUACUCUGCUUAAUUAGAUUUUCUUAACACUUUUAUCACAAACACAGUUUAUGUGACAAGGACGUGGAGCACAUAAAUCAGCUUUUCAGCCAAUCUGCCAGAAUGGAUUUGAAGUUGCUGAACUUUGUCUUUUUUUUUUUUUAUGCUUUUCAAAUCAAAUCCUGAUUAAUAAUAUUUUCCUUACUAAUUAUGUUUUCAAACUGACAUUAUUAAUUCUUUUUCACUGUAGUGUCACAAAAUAAAUCUGUUUUAAUGA